AUGGAAACAAUUACAAUGGGAUCGUUAACAUCAUUGUGCACGGCUGGUGAUAUGGCAAUUAAUUGGAGAAAAUUUAAGAGACAGUUUCUUACAUUUGUCAAUGCUUAUUACGAGGAGGCAACGGAAAGUAGAAAAGUAGCCAUAUUACUACAUUCGGCGGGGGAGGAUGCUGCGGAAGUGUUUGAAUCUUUUCAACUAAAUGACGAAGAUAAAAAGAAGCUAGAGAUAGUACUGAGAAAAUUCGAUGAACAUUAUGUACCAGCAACAAAUGUGACAUAUCAACGAUAUCUAUUGUUCAAUCGACGGCAAGAAGAAGGGGAAGCAUAUGAACAUUAUAUGACUGCUUUGAAAAAUAUAAGUCUAACAUGUGAAUUAAGAGAAUUAAGAGACAGUUUAGUUAAAGAUGCAUUCAUCAGUGGAAUACGAGACAAGAAGAUCCAAGAAAAACUACUCAAUACGAUUGAUAUUGAUAUUAACAGAGCUCUUCAGAUUUGUCGAACACAUGUGACAGUAGCUGGUCAAGUUCAAAAUAUCAAAACUUUAGAUGAUAAAGAAGAGGCAAGCCUGGCAAUCAAACAAGAAGCAAAUAUAGAAGUGCUAAAGAAGAGUAAAGGAAGAGAUACAGGGGAGACCAGAAUUGAUAAGAAAAACAAGUCAAGAGGUAAUAUCAAUCAACAAAAGAAGAUCGAGUGCAAAUACUGUGGCUACAAACAUUGGUAUGGAAGAUGUCCAGCGUUUGGAAAAGAAUGCUCAAAAUGUAACAAGCGUAAUCACUUUGCUAAAGUGUGCCAAGCAGAGAAGAAGAGACCGGUGGAUACUAUAGAAGAAAGAAAUUUGGAGGGAGACGAAGACGUAGAGUACAUGGUCGAGGAGCUUCAAGUCUCAGCUGUUUGCGAUACAAAACAAAGCUCCAAGGAGUGGUAUAUUGUAAGUUUAUUAGUUAAAGGACAAAAAGUAGAAUUUAAAUGCGAUUCUGGUGCGCAGGUUAAUGUCUUAAGUCUCAAACAAUGUAUACAGCUAGGUAUUAAUCCUAAAAAACUGGUAAAAACAAAGUCAGUAAUUACGUCUUUUACUAAAAAUAGACUACCGGUUGUGGGCAAAUGUAACGUACCGUGUAGAUAUAAGAAUAUUGAUUGUCUGGUUGAAUUUUACGUAGUGGAUAUUGACUGUUUUAAUAUUCUAGGCCUAAAUACUAGCGAACAGUUAGGAUUCAUUGUCAGAGUGGAGACAGUGUCAAAGGAUGGAGAUUGCUGGGUUCCUGCGGAAUAUAAGGAGCUGUUUGAUGGUCAGGUGGGACAUAUACCGACAGAAGUCACAAUUAAAGUAGAUCCCAAAGUGGCACCGAUAGUAUUACCAGCGCGAAGAAUUCCAUACGCAUUACGACCCCAUGUAAAGGCAGAGUUAGAUAGAAUGCAAAAAAUGGGUAUUAUUGAACCAAUUACCGAACCUACGGAUUGGGUUAGUCAGAUGGUUAUAGUAAGUAAAAAAGAUGGAGAUUUGAGAAUUUGUCUGAACCCUCAACCGUUAAAUAAAGCUAUUAAGAGGGAACAUUAUAUGUUUCCUAUUAUGGACGAAAUUGCAGCUAAACUGGUGGGAGCUAAAUAUUUUUGUAAGUUAGAUGCACAAUCGGGAUUUUGGAUGAUACCACUUGAUAAGAAUAGUUCUAAAUUAUGUACGUUUCAAACAGCUUGGGGAAGAUAUGCUUUUAAGAGGCUACCUUUUGGAUUAAAUUGUGCUCCAGAAAUUUUUCAUAGAAUUAUUUCACAAACUUUUGAAAAUAUUGAGAAGGUGGUUUCUUUUCAGGAUGAUAUUCUACUGUGGGCAAGUACAAAAAAAGAACUGCAUAGUGUUCUAAUUAAAGUAUUACAAGCAGCCAGAGCACAAGGCAUAAAGUUUAAUCCAAAAAAGUGUAUUUUCGGUACAGAAACGAUUAGUUUUUUAGGUCAUAAAUUUUGUCAUAAAGGAAUGUCGUUAUUAAAAAAACUAAUUACUCAAGCCUCAGUGUUAGGAUACUAUGAUCCUAAUAAAAAGUUAACGUUAAGUGUAGAUGCAAGUUCGAUAGAAUUGGGGGCUACAUUAAUUCAAGAGGGUCAGCCUAUUGCAUAUGCAUCACGAGCAUUAACCGAAGUACAAACAAGAUAUUCCGAAGUACAAACAAGAUAUUCACAAAUAGAAAAGGAAUUAUUGGCAAUAUGCUUUGGGGUUGAGAGAUUCAGACAAUAUAUCUGGGGACGAGAUGCAAUACUAGUGGAAACGGAUCACAAACCUUUAGUAGGAAUUUUCAAUAAGCCAUUAUACAAAGUUCCAACGCGAUUACAAAGAAUGAUGUUAAGACUUCAACCGUUUCGUCUGACCAUUAAACAUGUUCCAGGCAAAUAUAUGUACAUUGCGGAUACAUUGUCCAGAGAUUUUUCAAGAACUAGUUGUGAUAGUAGUGAUAGUCAAAAGGACUUUGAUGAAGACAUAGAAAAGCAAAUAGCAAUGCUAAUUGAAAAUAUACCGGUAACAAAGGAUAAUUGGAAACUAAUUUCACAAGGUUAUCUAGAGGAUUCGUUAUUAACAAAAGUAAAACAAUACAUUUUGAAAGGAUGGCCUACAAAUUAUAAAGAGAUUGAGGAGAAGGUGAAACCGUUUUUUGAAUUCAAAGAGGAGUUAGUGGUCAUUAAAGAAAUAAUCUUUAGAGGGGAUAGGAUUUUAAUUCCAACAGCCUUAAAAAAAUACAUGCUGACUAAGCUGCACACAGGUCAUCCUGGCAUAAAUAGAAUGAUCAAAAGAGCUGAAAUGACGAUGUAUUGGAAAGGAAUAAAUCAGGACAUAAAAAAAUAUGUGAAGUCGUGCAAAAGUUGUCAGAAAUUUCAAAAUGGUCAAAUUAAACAAAUAAUGAGAUACAAAAAGGUUCCAAAGUUGCCAUGGGCAGAGGUAGGCUGUGAUAUAUUUGAGUUAAAUCAGAAAUACUAUAUAGUAGUAGUGGACUCAUUAUCAAAUUUUAUUGAGGUAGUAUCGUUAAGUGAUUUGAAAAGUUCUACAGUCAUUGAGAAAUUAAAGACAAUUUUUGCUAGACAUGGCAUACCGUUGAUACUAUACACGGACGGAGCGUUAUGCUUUGAUUCUGAACUGUUUAAACGAUUUACAAAAAAUUGGAGUUUUACCCAUAUUAUGUCUAGUCCUCAUUAUCCAAAAUCUAAUGGAUUAGCAGAAAGUGCGGUUAAAUCAAUAAAGAAACUAUUUAAAAAAGCAUUCGAUGCUGGAGAGGAUCCUUAUUUGGCUCUGUUAAAUUUAAGAAAUACGCCUCGCGAUAAAGUCCAUUUUCCUGCUUCGCUUCUAAUGGGUAGAAAUUUACGAACCAACAUUCCGUGCUCAUUCAAAAUGUUAAUUCCUAAAAUAACGUAUAAGAAGGAUCAAAUAAUAUUAAAGCAAAAUAAAAUGUUAUCAAAACAGUAUUAUGACAAAACAGCUAGAAAAGAGACUAAGUUCAAAGUUGGAGAACCAAUAUUAUUUCAAAAAAUGCCCAAAGCAACAUGGACUCCAGGAACAGUCCAAGCAAUUGGAUCCACUCCAAGAUCAUAUGUAGUUCAAGGUGAGAAAGGAGGAGUAUAUAAUAGAAAUAACAUUCACAUAAAUUCAAGAGAAAAGUUAUCUGAUAAAAAUGAAACGGAAGUGUCAGUACAGAGAACGGGUGAUAUUGAGAAUGCAAGUAAUAACUCAGUUGAUGGAAAAGAAAAGAUCAGAUCUAAUGGGAGUAAGCAGGAAGGUUCACAUUUGUAUGGCAAGAUGCAAUUAAAAGGGGAGAUGUUGUGGAUUAGGCUUAAGGAGUACGCACAACAAGAGACGGAAUAG